AUGGAAGUAGCUGGCCUCACCCUCGGGGUCGUGGCCCUCGCCAGUUUGUUCAAGGAUUGCGUCGACCUUUUCUCCAUGAUCACAGCAGCUCGUGACUUGGGAAGAGAUGCAGCCAUACUCGACACGAAGCUAGAUGUUGAGAGAAUGCUGUUUCUUCAAUGUGUCAAAGAUCUGUUGAGUGAGAGCCAGGUUUUGCAAAGAGACUAUGGUCUCAAGAAAGUCGAUAUUACCAAGCCUACCACCGAGCAUACCCUCACUGAUUCGACAACGGGCUACAAGGGCGCCAGCUCUCGUCGAUUCGCAAGGUUCCUCAAGCAAUUUGAGGCGCUCAAGGUUCAGAUCACAGAUGCCGAUCGGCACAGCAAGUUCAAAAGAACUACCAAGCAAUUUCGUUGGGUCAUCGUCGACAAGGACAAAUUUAACUAUCUCAUCGACCAUCUCUCCUACUUCAAUACCUCUUUGAAUAGUCUUAAUGAUUUGAAUCACAUCAAGAACCUUGCCGAACUUGACUUGGUCAUACAAGCAACAGCAAAUACACGGCCAAGCGUCAGCAAAGCAGCGACUACUGCUAAGUCUGCCCUUAUCCAGUCACGUGUUGUCCGCUCUCUCUGGUUCCGCUCGUACGACGACCGAAGAGUCAAUAUCAAGAACCCUCACUUCAAAACUUUACAAUGGGCUCUUGAUCCUCCUAGCGACUAUCUCCAGUGGGGUGAUCUAAAUACCUGGUUACAGAGCGCAUCUGGGCUAUAUUGGGUGUCUGGAAAAGCUGGGAGUGGCAAGUCAACUCUCAUGAAAUACCUCCAUCAGCAUGAUCAGACACACACUCUGAUUCGAACCUGGGCCAAUGGCUCUGAACUGAUAUUCGCAAGCUUUUUCUUCUACGCUCUUGGGAGGCCGGAGCAAAAGUCACAAUCUGGCCUUUUACGAAGCCUGCUCUACCAGAUUCUGGAGCAUGACCCACGUGUCACUGAAAGCGCUCUUCCUCAUAUGUGGCGAGAAGCGCAUUACAGUCCACAAAACUCCCUGAAUCUUGAAGUUCCAUCUGUUGCUGAGAUGACAGCAGCUUUGAGAAGUUUAUGCUUAAGGCUUCAUGCCAAUAAAAAGAUAUUCUUCUUGAUUGAUGGUAUUGAUGAAUAUGAAGGGAAAGAUCUGGACGUUGCAAGAUUCAUCAGCGAGCUUGAAUCGUUUCCGAAUGUUAAGAUUCUAGUGUCGAGUAGACCGCACCCAGCAUUUUUCACCGCAUUUUCUCGAAAGCCAAUGAUGAGCCUUCAAGUCUUGACGAAACACGAUGUUGCUACCUAUGUCGACGAUACCGUGGCUUCCCACCCUUACAUGGUGACAUUAUCUAGACUCUCACCCCUUGAAACUGGAGCUAUUACGCAAAAGCUUGUUGAAAAGGCAUCCGGAGUUUUCCUCUGGGUCGUUCUCGCUUGCCGGUCGGUCAUCGAGGGGUGUGAUGACUUUUGUACCAUAGCCGAGCUUAAAGAAAGAGUCGAUGAGUUACCCAAAGAGAUUGAGGAUCUCAUUGAGCAUAUACUUGUGAAAAUCGAUCCAAGAUGGAAGCAAGAAGCUAUGAAGCUCAUACAACUUGUUUAUACCAAUGAAGGAUGCGAGCUAGCUGAUCCUAUUCCAACCCUGGGUCUGCAUCUGACAUACGAGCAAGGCCUCGGCCGAGACACCAGUUUAUCAGGACUAAAACUCGCACCGGUUCCUUCCGCAGAGAUGGAAGCCCAGUGCCGAAUUAUGGAGGGCCGAAUAAGGAGUCGGUGCUGUGGCUUACUCGAAGUCCGAAACGUUGACCUCUUUGAUGAAAGGAUUGAAAAAUGCACUGUCGGAUUCAUGCACAGGACUGUAUACGACAUGUUGUUACAGCCAGACGUCUCGAACCGCCUCUUCAGAGACCUUGAAGGCGAAGACUUCAAUAGCUACGCAGUCUUAUAUUAUGCUUUGCGUCCUGUCAACUGUGGAGACAUAAGUGGAUGUCGGCCUGAGAUCACAGUCCAUCUUCUUUCAAGGUUGCAAUUUCUCUUUGCACAAUGGCAUGUCGACAGUACUUCGUGGUCGCCACCAGAGUAUCGGCGAUAUCUACGACAUGACAAAGCAUGCCGCAGACACUGCGAUGACUUGUCGGUGGCUUUCUCGCUUGCUCUCGAGAUUGGCAUGUAUAAUGUUGUUCGCUUUGUCUUUGAGAACAAGGAUUCAUUGGAGUAUUUGUUGUUCCGUCCGCCAAACAUAAAAUUGCUAAGGGACUGUCGAGAUGAACAGACUGCAACCAGUUCUUGUCACCAAUUUUACUGUCAAGAUGAUGGACAGAUUCUGCAGACCAAAUACCCAUUGAUCUAUAUCGUUAUCAAUAAGCCACUCCCAGUGGGAUAUAGAGAUAGUCUUGACCGUGGCGAAUCGGACGACCCUUCUCUGAUGCAGCUUAUCUUGACUAUGGAUGCGGAUUCACAGGAUAUCAACAAGGGGGCGGGGAUAAGUCAGCCAGCGACAUUUUUGGACGCGUAUGCCGGGUUCGACCAUGCAAACCGAGAGGGAUGGAGGGAGGUGAAAAGUCUGUGUGAAGGACAGCUGCAAGACGCUUCCUUUGGACGGAGGAGACUAAUAAAACAACCCUUGGGAAUGGAACCGGAGGUGAUGAAUUCGAAACGGGGGCUUACUACAGACGACUAUAUACAUCCUUUAAGGAAAAGACAGAGGUAG